AUGCCUAUCGCCAUCAAUAAUAUUCUUCUUAUUCUUAGCAUUAUUCUAUUAUUUACUCUGUUUAUUGGUACACAUACUACUGAUAUUGCUUAUUCUAAUCACAUUAUCGAAACAAAUCAUGAAGAACAAUCUCCUGAAUCUAUUCAUUAUAUGGCUAAACGACGAUUUUUACCUACACGACGUGAGCUAGAUCAAAACGUUAAUGAUAAUAAUGAAGAUAAUGAAUCUCAUUUGAAUGCUAAACGAUACUUUUUAAAAUCCAAACGUUAUUUUCUUAAAAGCAAACGAGAAGAUGAAUAA